AUGAUUAAUUCUGUCAUCGAUUGGGUCCAGAUUGCGCAUUAUAUAGCCUGUCAGGAUAGAAGGUGGCAUACGCCGACCGUGUCGGAGUUCUGCGAAGGCCGAACCACGAGCAGCCGAUAUGUAUUUCGAUGCUCUUAUUUGUAAAUUUAUCUUUAUGUCCCUUAUUUGAAGAGAAGGCUGGCCGGACAAUAACCGGGGUUUGGAGGAGGCUGGCUGCUCGCAAUUAUCCCCUGCUCUUCUUCCCCCAGACUAUAAACCUUGGCCAGUCGAGCAGAUAUCCCCUGCCUCCCAGCCCCCACGGCAUCGCUCGUUUUUUCCAGUUUUUAUAUCUCCGACAAGCGCACUCAGAAAAAAAUAGAAAACAAGAAAAUAAAAAUACUGCAGCAAUACAGGCAAAAAAAAUUGGUAAUCUGGAGUUGUUUGUUAUGGUCUCUGGCGGGAUCGAACCGCCGAUCCUCGCGUUAUUAGCACGAUGCCUUAACCAACUGGGCCAAGAGACCAGAUUACAUUUGAAGAAGUUGAUCUGGUCAAGUUUAUUCCUCUUUUUUUCUGCAUAUGCAUCAUAUUAUGUGAUGAUUAGGGCUAUAAAAUCUGUGCAUGUGAAGAUUAUGCUGCGAUUACUAAACAAAUUUACUGCUCAAAAGGGUAUGUAGUCACGUGAAACCACUCCAUCCCAGCCCCAGCAGCCCAAGAUGCGCAAAGAGAGGCGGAAAGAGGCGACGCGGAGGCUGGCUGGCUGGCUGGCUCGCGAUGGCUGUCGGAUGCGUGCUCAGAUAAGCGGCGAUAGCCGGGCCGGUGGAUGCGAAGUCACGCGGAGGGAGGAACAAGGGCUAACAGGGCUAGCGUGCCAGCGAAGCGCCCUCUCGAGGCCAUACCCAUGUUCGCACCGCCGCGAUCGUGCGGCGCCCGCCGGCCAUCAUGAUAGCCAAAUUGGGUAAAUAGAUUACCUGCAACC